AUGAUUGACACCUACAAUAUCAGUGGAUGUGCUGUAACAAAAAAUGGAGAAACAAUAGAGGAUAUCCUACACCUUCAAUUCAAAGUGGUGGAUGAGAAUGACAACGCCCCGACUUUUCCAAGUGUCAUUGAACCUGGAGAGGUGUUGGAACACAGUCCGGCUGGAACUGAAGUGAUGACAGUGACGGCCACAGAUCUGGAUGAACCAGGAAACCCAAACUCUCAGAUGGUCUACAUUGAUUCUUCUGGAUCCCCGAUGGACGUAUUUUCGCCGCGGAGGCCAGGCGAUGUCCAGAUGCUGGAGUAUUGCAGGGGGCGGCGCAUGGUAACGGGGGAGACGAAGCUGAAGAAGUUCUGCUGCACAGUACCGCAAGGACAGGCUGUUGCUGCUGAUGUGAGAGGGAGAAGACACUGGGAUAGGUCUCGUUUGGUCCGUCUGCGGGAGAAUGUGGACUACACCAGAAUGGAUUACAUUGGAUGGAUCAUGUCCGAUAGGAAGUUCACUCCAGAUGUCCAGUAUUUUCUGGAAGGAAUUGGAGUCAAUUUGGCCCCAUUUAAUGUGUUUGUUGUGGACUCCCAAACUGGAUUUAUUAAAGUGACCAAAAUCCUGGAUCGCGAGCAGAUUGACAUCUACAAUCUCAGUGGAUUUCUCAAAAACAUACAUGGGCAAUUAUUGGAGGAAAGAGUAGACCUUCAAAUCAAAGUGUUGGAUGGGAAUGACAACGCCCCGACUUUUCCAAGUGUCAUUGAACCUGGAGAGGUGUUUGAACACAGUCCGGCUGGAACUGAAGUGAUGACAGUGACGGCCACAGAUCUGGAUGAACCAGGAAACCCAAACUCUCAGAUGGUCUACAGUCUCCUGAAGCAGCAGCCUCCGAGCGAUAUGUUCUACAUGAAGCCAAAUGGGACAAUCUACGUGAAGAGGGACAUUCCUGACAGAGAGACCAUGGAUCAUUACGUCCUGACAGUCCAAGCUCAAGAUCUGAAUGGUGAUCCAAGCGGCCUGACCGGGACAAGUGCAGUUACUGUCAAUGUUCAGGACAUUCAUGAGUCAGAACAGGGACAGAAGAAUAUGACUAAGGAUGCAGAGGUCCUGGGUCGUGCCUAA